ACAUUCCACGCUGCCAGAAUAUAAACGUUGUUUGGACAUAAUAUCGUUACAUUCAUUAUUUCGCCGGCUGAACAAAAACAUCACAACAGGAAUUUUCAUUCUGAAAACUUAGUGAUACCGAGUGAGACUGUGAAGUGACUUUGUACUUUCUGUUCGUUCAAAAAAAGUUCGUAAGCGUUCUUAAAGAUGUCUGCCUGUGUUAAUGAAAGAGUGUUUGUAGACUCACCUCUUAAAUCCAAAGUAGCUCUUUUUAACAAAGUAGCUGAUAAACACAUUCAAGGACAAGCUGUAAAUCCCUUCUCAAACGGACAACAAGCAGGAGGUUUGCACCGACCAACGAUAUCGAAAGAGGAAUAUGGAAAGCCUCCAAAAGGAUCGCUCUCAGAAAUCAGAGCAUUUAAAGCUACUAUCCAUGUUAGUAGAGAAAUGUUAGAAUUAUGUGAAGUUAUAUCUCAAUGUGGUGAACGUCUUUUUAGUCCAGAAGAAAAACCAAACGAUCCUAGAAUAGUCAUCAGUUUUGGAGAACUCUUUGCGAUAUACACAGCAAUUUCCGACAAAGUAGUUGGUAUUUUACUUAGGGCACGUAAAUACAACUUAGUUGACUUCGAAGGAGAAUGUUUGUUUCAAAGACAAGACGAUCAUGUACCAAUCAUACUUGUUAAACCAAUCAGUGAAAUCAGAACCUUCUUAAAAGAGAGGAUCGCGACUGCGACAAAGGCACUGAAGGAGACUGGAGAAAUGUAGUAGAUUAUAAAUAAAAUUUUAAUUUACUUAAGCACUAACAUUUAACCAAAAAAUGGACCAUAUUUCUUUAAGAACUAGUAUCUUUCCACAUUACAUUUAUUUGUAUAAGUAUACUAUUUAUUUAUUCGGUAGCAUUUCAUAAAAGUUACUUUCUUUUUAUCUUGGAGAUUGUAUUAUUUUUAAAUAUGACAUUAUUAUUCUUGAUGAAAAAUACAGUGGAAAAUAUGGACAAUCUACCAAAACAAAAACACGCAACUUUUGAGAAAGAAUCUGACAUAGGUACUUGAUUAUCCAUUAGAAUGAUUUUCACUCUAUAAUAGAUGACCAUACCCCAAACCUAGCAAAGCAGAUGAGAAACACAUGCCGGUUCUGAGGCCUACAUUAAGGGAGUAGGGAUUCAGGUAGCAAUUAUGCAUAUUGUAGAGUUAACACCACAAGCUUUAUCUGUGCUUCACUGAUGCAUACAUAGUAAGGCUUUUGAGUAAGUGAACUGGAAGAAGAUGAGGUAAAUUCUAUUUUAAAUGCCGAAUGAUUUAAUAAUACCGAUACUAAAUCUGUAUUAUAUCAACUGUGCCAGCAUCAGGCUUAAUGGAGAACCAACUCCAAGAUGAUGAUCACAAAGUGAGUCUGAUAAUUAAGAAUUAAAAUGGAUAAUUUGGUAGAAGGAAAGUUUAGUAAUACAUAAUGAAACUGAGGUAUCAUACAACUGGAGCCUUUUACUAUUUCUAAAAUAUUGAUCAAUAUUUCGUUCUUCCUGGAUCCAAGGCGGACCUGUGAAGUGGUCCUAAAAGCCUACCCUGUUAGCUCCCAGGCAAGCUACACUUUAUGAAAUACAGUCAAACCUGUGUUAACGGUCACCUGCCAAAACCCAAAACCGGAGACCUGUACUAACGGCCAGUUUCAAAAUUCCCCAAACCAAUUAUAUGUAGACUACAAAAACUGGCAAUACCGGCCACCUUUCUCUAUCGGCCAAUAGUUCUUUCAUUUUUUGUGGCCGUUACUGACAGGUUUUACUGUAUCUGAAUUGUGGUGCAAUUAAUACUACAUAACUUGAAGCUCAAAUAAAGUGUCAAUGUCAACAGAUAUAAAAAUUUUAAAUAAUAAAUCGUUGUCUAUGCUUUGGUAUUACCAAAUUCGGAAUUUCUGUUUUAUCAACUAAUGCAAUCUGAUCUAUCUUUCUGAUAACAUUUCACAUGUAAGUAAUUAUCCAAUUAAAAAAGAGUUAGAUACAAAAAGAAAGUACCGUUUUAUCACUAUAAUAUCUAGUCAUUAUUAUAAAAUAAAUUAAUUUGUACAUAUGUUUAGUUUUAAGGGAUAAUGAGAAAGAAAAUUGAAAAUGUUAGAAAAUGUCAAUAUUUUUUAUGUAAAGUAAUGUAAAUGAAAAAUUCAGUAUUUCCAGUUUAUAGUUGUUAACAUUUCUUUUUACAAAUAAAAAAUAAAAACAUG